CCGUGCGAAUGCAACGGUUUUGCUGAAGUCAUGAGAAAGCGCCGUUUGUUUCUGUUUUUCACGCGUUAUAAAGCUCCGCCGAGCCUUCAGAUGAUUUUUAUGUAUCCCCUUUCUUCGUCGCAGCGCUUUUAAGAGGUAAACGGGAUAGUCCUAAAUGUCAAAUAGCAGCACGUUGCCUUGGAACAAUCAAACGUGCUUUUCUUCACUUAAGUUACUUAUUUGCUGUAUAAGUCAAUGGAAACAUACUUGACACUGGAAAAUACUGCUGAAAAGGGAGUUGCUUCACCGCGUGUUUGAGUGAAAUGGAUGGAUUGACGCUUCCAGACUGACCUGUCUCAUAUAAAGUGUGGUUAAAUGUUUUUAAUUCGCCUAGUCUGCUCAGUGAGGCUGAAACAUAUGUUUCGGAGUCUAUGACACACUCAUUAGAUCCAGCGGAAUCGCUCAUCAGCGACCUCCCAUAUAUGUUUUAUCUCGGCCUGUUUUUUGUCAAUGUCUUAAUUCUCUACUAUGCCUUUUUAAUGGAAUACAUAGUCCUUAAUGUAGGGAUAGUGUUCUUGCCAGAGGAUAUGGACCAGGCACUGGUGGAUUUGGGGGUACUUUCUGACCCAGCCUCACUUCCAUACGACACAGACACAGAGCUGGAUGUUUUUGAAGGAUACCUGGAAUAAACAAACCAUGAAUAUGACACUUCCAGUCGAAGCUUUCGCGGGGAAGUUGUCUUUUGGCCGAUUCAUUUGGUUACUGGAGAACCAUGGUCAAAGGGAACUACAUGAUCUCUGCAGACAUAAAAAUAUGCUGCAAAGGUCACCUUAUAUAAAAGGGACUCCCAUGAAAAAGCUGUCCAGGCUCCGAGGACUGACCUGCAAGCAAGCCAUCGUGCCCUGGAACAGAUAAGCCAAAUGGGCCGUGGGGUUUUCCAUGGCACAGCCAGCCAGUGUCUCUUCAGAGAUCACAUUCAGGCACUAACCACUACUGUGGAUAUAAAUAUUACAUUAGCCUCUUUAUUUUUAGUUUGCUGUGUAGCACUCAUGCAGGAUUCUGUGUCAGCCCUGCAAGGGCUUGUUAUUAUGCAGAAGCCUUAUACGUUGUCCGCCUCAGCAUGUUUUCGCUCCCUUUAAUACUAUUUAAAUGAGCAAUAAGUCAUGAUGAGACAAGCAGAGUGUCUCAAUAAGUGUUCCAAGUUUUUUUUAUUUUAAAGUCUACUUUAAGAACCGCAUAUUUGUGACAGCCAGAGAAUGAUAUAUUUGACCGAGGUUCGUUUAUUCACUCAAUAUAUAUUUAAUAAAUGAUAACUUUCA